UUUGAUCAAAAAGCAUAUGUAGUAUUAUAUACUUCAUCACUAUCAAACUUUCAAAAAGAACCAGAAAUGAAAGUAGAAUGGUAUACCGAAACAAUAAUUAAUUCUCAUCAGAAUACAAUUUCUACGGGUUUUAUUGCAAUCAAAUUUCAG